AUAAAAAAAAAAUCCAAAAAGAAACACUACUAACAGGGACGCACCGCCGCAUCAACGGAGCAAGGCGAAGGCAUAAACAACCGCAGCAAACCCCAACCCGACGGUGAGGCGGCCGUCGGAGAAGAUGGUUGUUCUCGUGGUAGCGACGGCGUCGGACCCGGCGUCCAUCGGCCCCGCCUCCGCGUUCCUCGCCAUGCCCGGCUGGUCCCCUGGCCCGCCAAUCCCCGAGGGCAUGGAGAGUUUCACAAAUGGGAAUAUUCGGUUACUGAAGCAUGAUCGCAGCAUCAUUGCAGAGGAUAAUCUUGACCAUCGGUGGCAGGAAGCCACUGGAGAGGCCAUUUCCGAGGUCAUAUUCCUCAGCAAGCACACUGCAGUUUCCAACCGCCCUGCGCUCACUGUCCACCCAAUUGGUGUGCCACAUCUGAGGGAGGAUGAGACCCCGCCUCAAGGAGGGAGGCCUGGAUGGGCAGCGCUACCAAACCCUCGAAUUGGCCCAUGGCUCCGAUUAAUGCAACAGAUUGCUGCGGACCAAGGUCUUGUUCCAGAAUUUGAGAUUACACUUGAAGCUACUCACCAUGGACCACUUACCAAUACACCCACAAUGUUUGUUGAGAUAGGAAGUACAGAAGAAUACUGGGGUAGACAAGAUGCUGCGCAGGCCAUUGCUCUAGUUCUAUGGAAAGGUCUUGGUCUUGAGGAAGGAAAAGCUGUUGGAACUUGGACGGGGAAUGGUGAAAAGGUUCUGCUGGGUAUAGGUGGUGGUCACUACGCCCCUCGUCAUAUGGAUAUUGUCAUGGGCAGACUGGCAGAGAAGAAUAUUUGUAGCAUGAUAUUGUCUACGUCCUCAAAUUAUUUCAGCAAAAAUGGUGCAUGGGUGGGUCAUCUGCUUUCUGGUUACUCUUUGCCAAUGGAGGCACCGCCUGAAGGGAACAGCAAGGGUUCUGGUGUUGGUGGGAUGUGGAAGCAUUCCAUCAAAGCUUCAUUUGAAGCCACAAAGGCAGCAUUUCCUGGUGGUGAAGUUAUAGCACAUCUUGACCAGAAGAGCUUCAAGGGCUGGCAAAAGAACGCUAUCACGAGCUAUUUGCAGGAGGAGAACAUUAGGAUAGGAAAACCUAAUGAUUUCCUGUAAUAUGCUUCUCCACACAAAAUCUCAUUGCGCAUUGUAUACCAGGUUUUGAGUUUACUAGGGUCGAACUCACUGCCUGCUUACUGUCAGCCAAGCGGAAAUUUGGUAGAUAUAAGGAACUGCAUUUUUGACAUUUAUAAUCCAGUUCAGAUGUGGUCAAAUGCAAGAGCCAGAGUUGUAGCGAGUUGCAUGUCCUGAAUUUGUUCUUGUCCUCGGGUGGAGCUUGCUAAUGAGCAGUUAUCAGUAAUCCCUUUUGAGUUCGA